AUGGAGGUCUUCGCAAAGUAUUUUACGCGCCUUGUCGCUGCCCAUGCUGGGCAUAUUUUCCAUGGACAUACGCGGCCGGGGGCUAAUGGCAAUUUUCACCUUCUCGUGAGCGAGAUGAAGAAGAUUUCUCACGACGUCAACCAGGCCAACAAGAUUGCCGAGUCUAUCGAAACAGGUACAGAAGACCUGUUCCGCGACUUUGACAUGUCGACAUUCAUGGAAGCGUUCAAAUUGGAUGCUCUCGAAAAAACGAUACUGGCGUUAGCCUUCAAAACAGGAUCGAGGGCUGACCUCAAGACCAAGGCUGAUGCCAUCUUAUCCACGAAUUUCCCGACUUUCGUGAACAUUCUUACCCGGCGCGAACUAGAAGAGCACGCAGAUUUGACCGAUUCGUUCAUCGCCGUACUCGUCGACCGCUUCAUUCAGUACCAACCACCAAACUUCAACGCUGCGUCCAAGUCUGAACUUGCCUACAAGGUUCAGGCAAGGUGGCAUGGAGAUCAGGCCCCACCGCCUUCCGAAGUGCUUGCAGCGCUUGACUUGGUCAGAGUCUUGGCCGACAAACCUCCAAAUGCUCUAGCAACAUAUAUCCAAAGAACGGGCGGUGACUUUACUCGAGACGAGGAGACCUGCGUCUCAUACCUGCAAAGUCGGCCUCAGAACAUUCAGCUGAGUGAGGAGCAAGUGUCCAUCGCCCUGACUUACAGCACUAUCAGCCAGACACCACGGUACGACCCGUCGAUCCUUGCCGCAGCCCUUCUCAGAGUUCUCCCCUCGUCAUUCAGGUGGCAAGACGUAGUUUCGUAUUUCGAUCAACGAUCCGCCCGAAUUUCCUCACGGCAGUUUCUACGCCUGUACAACGCGUUACUGCCGAUUGCGGAAGAGGACCAGACAUUCGACAUUCAGAAAUUAUGGGGUGGAAAUUGGGAACAUCCAGAAACCCAACUGUCCUUCAUUUGCGCUUUCGCCUCGCUCCAGCCCGAUCAGCUCGACGCCAGCACUAUUCCCGGAUUGGUUCCAACGCUGGCCUUGGAAACUUAUGCGCAAUCUGCUCAGGAGGUUCAGCAGCGCGCGGCGUUUGCGGUCAAGCAUGCUCUAGUGUCAGUUGAGGCAUUGUCGGCCGUAUUCCACGUUGCUCUUCAUUCAGUACAUGCGUCGCAGAGCGUCGAAGCCAAGCGCUUGUUCCAGGAAGUUGUGGUGCCUAACCUAGACAUCUUCGUCGUUUCCGCAUUCGGGGUUCCGAAACCUUGGCCAACAAUGGCAGUCGAUACUCUGAACUCACUGUUCGAAAGCUUCCUUUACAAGCGGUCAACGGAGUAUGAUUUCGUCCUCGACAGUUUGUGGAAGAAGGAUAAGGAGUGGGUGAUUCAGCGGCUGAUCGAGGCACAUGCCAUAAAGCCAACCGAUCUUCCCUUGAUCUUUGAGCAUGCCUUCAAGCACAAGUGGCUAGAUGAGCUCGUGUAUCUGUCAAAUGGCUUCGGGCUCGACCUCGCAGCGCUUGCUCAUGCUGAGGGAUAUCUUGACUUGGCCAACUGGGCGCGGCUCAACUCCGAGAGAAGCAACGAAAUUGCUCGGUCUUUGCUGCAGUUUUUGCUCAUCAAGGCGAACUUGGAAUUGCAAUUCCAGCGCCCUCCGGAUGGUCAACCUGCCGUCAAAUCAAGCACCACUCUUCAAGUGAGAACGGUGGCUGCUUUUUUGCAGAUUCUGGAAGACUUUCUCCCCAAGACUCCCUUGCAGGAUCUCAUCAUGGUGCAAAGAUCUUGUAUCACCGUCUACCCGAGGUUGAUCAAUUAUGGCGAAGGCUUCGACGACAUCAUCGACGUCAACGGCAAAGACGGAAACGCGUUGCCUGCCGCAGCCAAUAGUAAGAUGGAAGAGCACUACAAGAAGAUGUACGGCGAUGAAAUUCAAGUCCGCAACAUUGUCGAGGUCCUGGAUCGAUACAAACAUUCCCGCGAUUCACUCGAUCAAGACGUGUUCGCAUGCAUGAUUCACGGCCUGUUCGACGAGUACGCCCAUUAUGUCGAUUACCCCUUGGAAGCGCUCGCGACGACUGCAGUGCUUUUCGGCGGCAUCAUAUCCCACAAGCUCAUUUCAGAUCUCCCUCUCAAGAUUGGCCUUGGUAUGAUUCUAGAGGCUGUCAGGGAUUAUCUGCCGGAGGAUUCCAUGUACAAAUUUGGACUGCAGGCCUUGAUGCAACUGUUUUCUCGCUUCCGAGAGUGGCCCGGCUUCUGUCGACAACUAUUGCAGAUACCCGGCUUACAAGGCACUGAAGCCUGGAAGAAAGCUGAAGACGUCGUCAGAGAUCACGAGGAUGAACUUGUUCGAUCGCGCAACGGUAUUAUGCCGUCGGUUCAAGCCAAUAGUGAGUCUCUGACGAACGGCAACGCCACCGAAGGCAGACCUAUGGAUCGACAACCACCGCCCUUCUCGUCUAUUAACGCAUCUGAACGCUCGCCUGGAGUCGACUGCGAAGAGCCAUCAAGCGAUACUCAAGGCAAAAUUCAGUUCGUUUUGAAUAAUCUUACCGAGACAACUCUUCAGACCAUGUGUCAAGAGUUGCGAGACAUCUUAGAGCACCGUUAUCAGCAAUGGUUCGCAAGCCACCUGGUCGAGGAACGAGCCAAGAUGCAGCCUAACUAUCACCAGGUUUAUCUUGAACUGGUCAAGCUGUUCGAGGACAAGAUUUUAUGGGGAGAGGUUUUGAGAGAAACGUACGUCAGCGUUGCUCGUAUGUUGAACUCUGAGACCACCAUGCAGAACUCGACCGAGCGGUCACACCUCAAGAAUCUUGGGGGCUGGCUUGGUCUCCUCACUCUUGCACGGGAUAAGCCGAUUAAGCACAGGAAUAUUGCUUUCAAACAGCUCUUGAUCGAAGCACACGACACCAAGAGGCUCAUCGUGGUCAUCCCUUUCGUUUGCAAAGUCAUUCUCCAGGGCGUCAACUCAACCGUGUUUCGACCUCCGAACCCAUGGCUGAUGGACAUCAUCCACUUACUCAUCGAGUUAUACCACCAUGCUGAGCUCAAGCUCAAUCUCAAGUUUGAGAUUGAAGUGUUGUGCAAAGGCCUGAAUCUUGACCACAAAAGCAUUGAACCGUCUGGCGAGAUUCUCAAUCGUGCUGCUGUCGAAGACGCUCAAGAGCUGGUUUCUCAAGACACAUUGGAAACGUUUGAAAAUCUUUCCCUGAAUGGAAUUUCUUCCGGCGUCACCGCUGGUCUGUCGCCACAGGUUAUUGCUGCAUCAAUCCCAGAUCUUGGCCCGCUCAUUCAUAUUCCGCCCACGAACGAGAUGGUGGUAACGGCUACUCGACUGCACGAGAUCGUUCGCACUGCUCUUACCCGGGCCUUGCAAGAUAUCAUCCAGCCUGUGGUGGACCGAUCGGUUACUAUUGCUGCCAUUUCCACCCAGCAAAUGAUCCACAAGGACUUUGCUACUGAGCCUGAUGAAAAUCGGGUCAGGACAUCGGCCAUCAGCAUGGUCAAGGCAACGGCCGGAAGCUUGGCACUGGUGACCUCCAAGGAGCCAUUGAGAGCCAACUUCACCAACUACAUGCGAAACUCGUCUAACGACCUACCGCAAGGCUUACCAGAGGGCACUAUCAUCAUGUGCGUAAACUCAAAUCUUGAUCUCGCAUGCAACAUCAUCGAGAAGCAGGCAGAGGAGAGAGCUGUACCGGAGAUUGAGGAGAUGAUCGAGCCCGAACUGGAAGCACGCCGUCGUCAUCGUCUCCAGCGGCCCAACGAGCCAUAUGUGGAUGCAUCUCUCAGUCGUUGGGCAUGGACCAUUCCUAACCCGUUCAAGCUGUCACCGAGCAUGGGCGGCCUGAACCCUGAACAGAUGGCCAUCUACGAAGACUUCGCCCGUCAGCCUCGAACCACCACCUCAAAUGCCCCGUUACAUGUGCCCUCGGCGUCAGAUGCGACCCGAUCGCUGGCCAAUGAAGUUCUCCAAGACCAGUUCUCUGCUGUGACCAGCCUGAGUGCUGCUACAGAUGCGCCAGCUGUCCAGCACCUCGGCUCUCAGAUUCAGCAGUACACCCCCGUUCAUAACGGAGCGAUGCCUAGCACGAGACCGCAAGCCUUCCAAAUGGAUGGCCGCGCGCUGGUUGAGCGUGUUCAGAAGCUUCUCAUGGAACUACAGCGCGUGGCGACCGAAGCACGUGAGGAACACUUUGCUGAUCUCCCUCGGCCACAUCCGGUCCUUGAUGUUGUCGACGCAUUGGUUCAGCACAUGAUCAAAACAUCACAGACUUCAGACGAGUUUGCGGUGUUCGCUGCCGAUCAGAUCAUCACGCUCAUUUUUGGCCAGGUCGACGACAACCUAGCCUUGGAAAGCCUGGUUCAUGUUCUAGAGACACUGCGGAAGAUUUCUGGUCCCACGCUAAACAAUCGCGUUACGGCUCACUUCCGCCAGCAGCCUGGAACCACGUUUCUCCAAAUGCCUCUGCUUGCCGCGCUGCUGCGCACUGAUCUUCUUGAUUGGAGAAAUAUCGAUUCGUCCAUGUCCAAGGCCCUGCAGCAAAGGAAAGAAGGCUCGCUCGACUUUUUGGACCAAAUGGUCGAUCUGACCCUUCUCGGCAACCGGCCAAUGGCAUUGUAUGGCGACUUUGUUCGGACACUCGAGGCAGCUUGGUCCUGGAUACAGGACGAGCCAGACUCGGCCAUCGGGCAGCGCUUGAAAGCGAAGCUUUCCGGUCAAACACUGCCGCAAACUGCGCAGCAGGAGAGUAAUGGUGCACUGCAGCAGGACCAGAUGGAGUAUGUGUUUGACGAAUGGAUCCAUCUUUGCAAUAACCCUGACGGGUCGGAGAACUCUGCCAUCUUGUUCGUGCAGCAAAUGCAGAUCAGAGGUGUCAUUAAGAGCAAGGACGACCUUUUUGUGUUCCUCAGGGUCGCGACAGACAUGUCGGUAGACAGAUUUGAGCACUUCGUCCAUUCGACGGGAACUUUGACGGACGCCUUCCUAGCCGUCGAUGCACUCGCAAAGAUGAUCAACAUCUUCAUUAGACUUUACGGUGAGGCACAGCCUACACCGAUGCCCAGCCGAGCGGUCUAUUUGGAUUCAGUCUUGGCCUUCAUUACUCUCGUUCUCAACCACCACCAUGUGAAGCGUGCCGACCACUUCAACCAGAGAGUGUUUCAUCGUCUUUUGUCGGUUUUGCUUCACGAAAUCAGUGCUACCGCGGAACAGCUUCCUGAGUCUGAGAGAUCCGAGUUAUUCCUCAAAUUCGCUGCCAGGCUUGCAGACCUAGGACCGAAAUAUCUCCCUGGCUUCGUUUUCGGAUGGUUUUCUCUCCUCCAGCAUCGGGCGUUUUUGCCUACAGUCAUGAAGGAUCGUUCUGGGUGGGUUGCGUUCACUAAACUCUUGCAACUGCUCCUGGAGCACAUCGGCGAGCAAGUCAAAGCCAUUGAGCCCUCCAAUGUGGCACGAGAGAUCUAUCGAGCAACCCUCAAGCUGCUUGUCAUUCUGCAGCAUGAUUACCCCGAUUACCUUGCGGCACACUCGCAGCAGCUCACAGCCAGUGUCCCUCCUCACUGCAAGCAACUUCUCAACGCCAUAUUGACAGCGAACCCAGCGGCCCAUCCUCAAAUGCCGGAUCCUUCAUUCCCUGGCUUGCAGGCUGAUAGGGUAGAUGGUGUACGAGAGUCCCCUGAGUCCCUGGACAAUUCUGCGUCUAUUCUUCGGGACUUGGGCUUGCUUGAGGUCCUCGACCACGCGCUACAGAACGGCCCGUCCGAAGAUACAUUAGCGCACAUUACUCGAGCCAUUGUCGAGAGCCAGCGGUCCGACACAGGCUUCGGGCACGUGCCUAUUAACACUAAUCUGCGGGUAGUUGAGGCCGUCACUCUUCAUGUCGGCAAUUAUGCUGUUCAGCAGUCAACUCAGAAGGGCACAGAUGUCUUCAACCCAGCAUCAUCAGACGUCGCUAUCAUGUCUAUCUUGCUCCACGAGCUCCCCCCUGAGGCCCGCUACUACCUCAUUACCAGCGUAGCAAACCAACUGCGAUUCCCUAAUGCCCACACCACCUAUUUCAGUCGUGUCUUACUGGAGAUCUUUGGUCAGGACAUGAAUGACCCUGAGGAGACGGAGAUCAGGCAGCAAAUUACAAGGGUGCUUUGGGAACGCCUGAUCGGCUAUUGGCCCCAGCCUUGGGGUCUCAUGGUGACGGUUGUUGAGUUGCUCAAAAAUGACAAGUACAUGUUUUUCGACCUCCCAUUCGUGAAGUCAAACCCGGAGGUCAUUGAACGCUUCCAUGCCAUUUUGCAACGCGCAUGA